AUGGCGUCGAUUGAUCAUUUUCAUUUGGACUUUUUUCUUAAUAUUCAUUAUGCAAAUACGUCUACUCUAACAAAUCUUACACAUGACAAACAAUUAUCAUCGACACAUGAGUACAAUUGGUCUGUUCUAUUCUUGUUCAUUGUGGGGAUCUUUGGCACCUUUGGUAAUCUACUCGUGUGUGUUUCAAUCACUCUUGAUAAACAAUUACAAACAGUUACGAAUUGGUUUCUCUUCUCUUUGGCUAUUGCCGAUUUCCUAGUUAGUUUGAUUGUUUUGCCAUUUUCUGUUAUCAAAGAUUUCCAUGCUCGAGACAAACUGUCAAGCGCAUUCGAUAAACAAGAAGAGACAUUGUCGCCAAAUUGA